AUUCAAAAUGAAUGCCACUACACACAAUACAUAUGCACAGUGGACGAGUGGUCAUGAGGGGGGCAUUGUAGUGCCAUUCAUUUUUAUUUGCACCCCAAUGCACCUCAUGUGGAAGCAGAGGCAAACUGACCAUUUGGAAACUCGGGCACUGCCCGAGGGCCCGAGGUCAGUAGGGGGCCCCAUGAGAUGCCCCUGGUACCUUUUUCAUAGGCUUUUUUGAGUUUGGGCAAGGACACAGGGGCCCCAUGAUCCCCUAUUGCCCGGGGGCCCCAUGAGUUAUCAGUCCG